CGCUGCCGCACAGACGUCUACCGCGUUUCGAGGCAGACGUUACGUUCCAACGUUCGGCGCGCAAGAAUCGCCAUCUCCAGCUCGUAGAAAGUCGCGCCUGCGCAGAAACUAGACAGUAACAUAAAAAGAAACAAAAAGAAAAACCCAAAAACCCCAAAACAACAAACCCAACAAACAAGAUCAUAAGAAAAAAUAUUUUGUGUGGAAAAGCCAAGUGCAGAUCACAGCAUCAUGCUGCCCAAGUGCAAUCAAAAUGUUGUCUUCCUUUGACUUUACAAUUGGAUUUUGAGUAGUUUCUCUCCCCCCUUUUACGAUUCCGAAUAUCACGAAUCUGUAUUAACUACCUUGUGUUCUCUGAAUAUCAAAACGCACAAAAGUGAAAGUGAUUUUUCGGUGUUUCGGUGCGUGAGUGCCUCUUGAAUGACAAAUAUUGAUAUGUUGGUACAAUGAAAACCAGGCAAUUCCAGUCAGCCAAAUAAGCGUCGAAGAAGAGAAACUAUCAAAAAGAAAUACAUUUAUUAAUAUUAGUUUUGUGCCCAUUGGAUUACGGAUCAGUUCCCGAUAAGCUCAAGGAUACCAAACGGGAUUGGAAUACAUCUAUUAUCUAUUAACUUGAGGGUUUGGAUAUGGCUGCCAACGAGAUUAUGACACCCACAGUCAAUGCAAAUUGUCAAUACUCGACCAGAUAUUGUUGGGAGGCAGAAAAAGUUAAAUCAUUGAUCAGAUUGCGGGCGGAACUCUCGCCUCUAUUCACGGGCAAACGAAAUGCCUCCAAAUAUGCCUGGGCCGUGGUGGAACGGGAGCUUAAUGUUCCAUUACCACUGUCGAAGAUUAUUAAGAAAUGGAACAAUCUGCUGCAGGAGUACAAGGCCAUCAAGAUGUCCGAGGAGCCCAAGCGACGCGAGUGGCCCUUCUUCACCCUCAUGGAUGUGUACUUCAGCGACCAGGUUAAUGAUCCCUCGCUGCGUCUCUUCUCGUCCACAAAGACCUUAAAGGAGACUCUGGAUGACAGUGUCUUUGAGGAUGAUCCAAUCAUCGCCUCGGCCAUUGCAGCAGCCACUAGCGGAGCCUACAUGGACAUUGAUGAGCUAAUCCGGCGGCAGAAGGAGCGAGCCGCUCUGGCAGCCGAGCGGAAGCUGGCCGCCGCCGCCAGCGGAGGUAGCAGUGACUACAAAUUCGAGCUAAAGCCCAUGCUCUCGAACAGCAAGUUCAACAGCAACAGCGACAUGGCCAAGCUUUCCAAGAGCGUUGAUGACCUCUCCAUGCAGCAGUACAAGAUCAAGCAGGAGCUGAUGCGCCAGCGUGAGCAGGAACAGCAAGAGAAUAUGGUCAAAAUCAAACAGCACGCACGCCAGCAGCAACAGCAGCAGCAGCAGCAACAACAUCAUCAGCAGCAGCAACAGCAACACCACCAGGCCCAGCAACAGCGAUUCCUGGGCCACCAACCGGCCCUAUCGCCGCAUCCACACCGUCUGUCGUCUUCAUCGACGCCGCCGGGCUUGCAGCAUGCCUUGCAGCAGCAACAACAACACAUGUUGCAACAGCAACAUCUGCAACAACAGCUGCAACAGCAGCAGCAGCAACACCAACAGCAGUUGCAGCACCACCAACUCGCUCAUCCCCACCAGCCGCACACACCGCGUCCGAGUACGCCACCCACCACGGCGCAACAGAUCCACAUCACGGCCACCCAGCACCAGGCCGCCCAGCAGCAGUUCCAUCAACAGCAGCAACCCCCUCACAAGCAGCAGCAAUCCUACACGGAUCCCAACACCAUCGACCAGUACCUGCUGUCAUGGAACAACUUCCAUGGAAAUAUGUGCCGCGGCUUCCACUCCCUGCAGAAGGACGAGAAGAUGGUGGACGUUACCAUCGCUGCCGGCGGCAAGAUAUUCAAGGCCCACAAACUGGUCCUGUCCGUUUGCAGUCCCUACUUCCAGCAGAUCUUCCUGGAGAACCCAUCGAGUCACCCCAUCCUGCUGAUGGCCGACGUGGAGGCCAGUCAUAUGGCCGGUCUUCUGGACUUUAUGUACAGUGGCCAGGUGAACGUCAAGUACGAGGAUCUGCCCGUCUUCUUGAAAGUGGCCGAGGCCAUGAAAAUCAAGGGGCUGCACACAGAGAAGAACCUGGACAGCGAUGCCAGUGACAUAAGCUCACCGCACGAAAGCGACGGCACCGAGUGCCGUUACGAGCGUGGAACGCAUAGUGUAAACAUCACGAGUGGUCAUGCCGCUGGCUAUGGUGGUCCACCGCCUCCCCAGCAGACCUCGUCCCCGUCGCCCUCAUUAAAUGGACCCAACCGCUGCCCCACGCCCCUAUCCAGCGGUGGAUCUGGCAAUCCCAACUACGCCGGCUUCCGGGACCAUAUCAAGUCGAAGGCCACGCUGGCCGAGGCUUUCAUGAAGAAUCUCAACAGGAACAACAACAAUAACAGCAGCAGCAAUAACUACAAUCAUUUGAGUGGCAGCAACGGAAGUCUCAACCUGACAGAGGCGGAGAGCAACUCCUUUGCCAUCUUGCAGGCAAACAGCAAGAAGAUGCUGGACUCGGCCCGAAAACAGCAUAAGUAUCUGGCCAAACGCAAAAUCCUGAUGCACUACAACACGGAGCUGGGUGGCGAGAAGCGGAUGAAGGAGAUGGAAAGGGAUCGGUAUCCGAGUGCCGAGCAGCAUGAUGACGCAUUGAACAACAACCAUAGCCACGCCCAGGACAACAUUAUGGAGCCCAUUAUCACGACGAUUGUGCCACAGACGCCGCCACCAUCCACGCACAACAACAACUUCAAGAUCCGCCUGGUGGAGAGUCUUCAGCUGACCAACAACAACCAGAACCAGAACAACAACAAUAACAAUAACAACAGUAAUAACAACAACAACAGCAGUCCGCAAUCCGACAACAACAAUUGCCACAAUGAUAACGAUGAGGAGGCACUGAAUCUGGUCCAGAUACCCAAUGCCAACGGGAGCAGGAAUCGCGAAGAGACACCCACAUCCGUAACGCCCACGCCCGACAUCCAACUGAUCAAGCGGGAAGUGGACACGGACUUGUCACCAUCAGACACCACUGCCCACAACAAUGGACACGACGAGGAGUUGGCUGCAGCAGGAUACGAUCGCAAGUACGAUGACAAUAACAAUAAUCGCGGAUUGGAUAUGGAAACGGACUCGAACAAUAACAAUAGCAAACCAGGACAAACGGACAAUAACAAUGGUAUUGCACUGGCGCUGGGCAAGCACAAGUUACUGAGUGCGAUCAAUAGGAGUCUGGAGCAGGAACAGGAGGCGGAUCAUGGCGGGAACAACUGCAACAGCGACGAUAACAACAACAAUCACAGCCAACACCUAGACCUGAGCACCAUCAAAAACAUAGCAACGGCGGAGAUUUUGUGCGGAUUAAAGAGCAAGGUCCUUAAACUGGAGGAGGAGCAACGCGAGAGGGAGCGGGAAAGGGAGCGAGAACGAGAAGCCUGCCGCAGCCUCAGCGAGAUCAAGAAUGCCGAGUGAUUCGCCGCGAACCGAUGGUGGGUGCAACCCAACCACAGCCCAGACAAUUAUGCAUUUGAUUAAAUAGAACAUAGAAAGAGAAAGAGAGAGAGAGAGAGAGGGAAUGGAAUCUAUGUUUGCUAAUUAUAGUUAUUUAUUAUACCACUUAAUAUCGUUAAUGUAAUUGUAAUGACCUGACCCCACAUGAACAUUGGUUAGUUUGGUAGGCCUAGAAUUCUCCCAGCACAUCAUUUAGAAUCCCUAGCAGCUAAGACUCACGAAUCAUUAACGUAUCGUAUCGUAACGUAACGUAACGUAACGUAUCGCUGAUUGCUGAUCGAAAUUACAAAUUUAAUAUUAGCACUUUGGAAAUUGGCCCUGUUGCAAUACGAGUUAAGCCCAUGUUAAACAUAUUGAUAUCGUUUAAUAAUUAUGUAUGUGUAGAGCAGUAUGUUGUAGAAUAAUAUAUCCCCCUGCUUCCCUACCCCAGCAGCACUUUCGAUUUUCAGCUAACGCUAAACGCUCUUACAUUAUUUAUACAUACAUACACACACACAUAUCGUACGACGAAUGUAUCUCAACACGAAUCACGCAUGCAUAUAAACACCCCUCACAUACACAUACAAACAUACAUACAUUGCACCAUUUUAUGCCCAUGAGUAUAGUAAUGACAUCGUCCCCGUUCAUCCAUAUGUAUGUGUAUGUACAUCAUAUACCACAUGGAACGGGCGACAUCCACAAAGGAUCAAAAUGAAGAAAGAAGGAACAAUAUAUGUAUCUCGUUUUUAGUUUUAACUUGCCAGACCUUUUGAAUGAGCACUCAGAUAACUCGGUUACAUGCGAUCGUUUUUAAACUCGACGCGUAACUUUCACCCUGAAGCGGUUCCGGAUCUUGUUAAUUGUUGUACAUGUCCAUAUGUGCCUGGAACCCAGCCCCCCAAAUUAUACGAUAUUUGGGGGACCGAACACACGAGCCCCUCUCAGCUGCAGAUCAACCAGAAUUAACAAUGCACAGUGUAACUCGUACAAUAUUUAUUCAACUUCUUUACAUUUAAAAUAAAAUACAAAAACUUGUGUAAUGUUUUUUGCUGUUGAACAAUUUUUAUUGUAAAAGAAUUAAUGAAUGAAUAAAGAACCCAACACAUUCAAUA